CAAGGCUGUACAAGAAAAAUGGUUUCCUGACCUGGCAUUCUCUGGUACACACUGUACGCAAUUUGCAUCUUGUUUUGCGAUAAUGGGGAACUAAACAACUACAGCAAACACAAGUAGUCUCCAUAGUCGCUGAUAAUGAACAACGCCGACCAGGAAAACAACAAUAUCAACAAUGAUGCCAACAGGAGACGCAACAGUAAUGGAGCUGGUGGGCGGGCACAGCCCAACCCCAUCCUGCAUGUCCGAGACAGGCUGUUCCAUGCCUUAUUCUACAGAAUAGCAAUAACAUAUGCCAGAGCCUUUCCCCGCCCUGUCAGACGGGUGCUAGAGUGCGCCAUCUUGCUGAAGGCGUUGACAGUACUGGGUAUUUUGGUGUACAUACAUGUUGUGUUUGCGAGGACUCCCAUCAACUGUCUGCAAAGUGUUCAGAAGUCCUGGCCAAGACAUGGCAUCCUCAGAGUGGAGAUCGUCAAGAAUGCCUCGGCGAACUACAGCAUCAUAAACUCAUAUGAGAAAGAGUAUUCAGAUUUUUCCCUCUAUUUGGACAACAUAGCUGAUGGCAUAGGCUAUCCUGGUGCAUUAAAUGGGGACGAAAAUGCUGAGAAUGAAACUGAAAUUGCUUCAAAUUCGACGGAUGAAGCAUUGACCCAGGAAGAGGGGAAUGAGACGGAAGGGAAUGGUACUGUUAUUGGGGAGGAGGAGGAGGCGGAGGUACUGGUGCUGGAUGAGGUAUUGGACAAGGUGGUGGACUACUCUGCAGAUCACAACAGCAACAACAUACCUGAGGAUGCUACAGGGGAACAUCUCAAAGACACUUUCAGUGAAUUAGAAAUGUUGGCCAAGGCUGUGUGGCCUGAGGAGAAGUACAUUGUGGAGUAUGCCCUGGAGUAUGGCUUUCUCCGACUGUCGCCCAAGACGAGGCAGCGGCUCAACAUCACCGUCAUGCUGGUGACUCUCGACCCCCUGAAGGACGAGUGUUUUGGGGACAGCUUCAGUCGCUUCCUGCUGGAGGAAUUCCUCGGAUAUGACGACAUCCUCAUGUCCAGCAUCAAGCAGCUGGCCGAGCAGGAGGAAAACAAAGGCUUCCUGAGGAAUGUUGUGACCGGGGAGCAUUACCGGUUUGUCAGCAUGUGGAUGGCACGGAGCUCCUACAUCGCUGCAGCCUUCAUCAUGCUUGUCUUUACUGUGUCAGUGUCAACACUGUUGAGGUAUUCUCACCACCAGAUCUUCCUCUUCAUAGUUGACCUACUGCAGAUGCUGGAGAUGAAUGUGACAGUUGCCUUCCCAGCUGCUCCCCUGCUCACGGUCAUCCUGGCUCUUGUUGGAAUGGAAGCCAUAAUGUCCGAGUUCUUCAAUGACACAACAACAGCUUUCUACAUCAUCCUGAUAGUGUGGAUAGCUGACCAGUAUGACGCUAUCUGCUGCCACACCAACAUCAGCAAGAGACAUUGGCUCAGGUUCUUUUACAUGUAUCACUUUGCCUUCUAUGCCUAUCACUACCGGUUCAACGGUCAGUACAGUGGCUUGGCUCUCUUCACCUCUUGGCUGUUCAUACAGCACUCCAUGAUCUACUUCUUCCACCACUACGAGCUGCCUGCCAUCCUCCAGCAGGCUCGCAUACAGGAGCUGCUGGCUCAGCCUCACAACCAGGACGCCCACAACAACAACGCCCAGCCCAACGCCACUGCUGCCACAGCCGCAGCCGCUGCCGCUGCCAACAUUGAUGAGCAGCUUCGCGCCAACCUCGGGCCUGUGGACAAUAACGUCGCUGGGAUAAACAAUGUACAGAAUGCAAGUCCCGCCAGUGCUGAGAAUGUCACACAGGGUCAGGAAACUGGGCAGGGGUCAGGUCAGGGCUUGGAGCCACAGCUGGAAGGGACUGUGGACAACCCUGAUGACCAGAGAAGCAUUGAGAGACGUGUGAAUGAUCUUCUGUCAGCUUUGAAUCGACCUUCUACUGAUGGUCAAACAACCAAUACCAGGGAGUUUUCUGUGGACAGGGUGCGUGUUUACACACCAGGGACGUUCAUGAGGAAUUUUCUACGCUUUCGGGGCAAUUCUGCUCAAAAUCCUCCUAAUAAUCCUAUGCCAAGUCCAUCUCCAAGACCAGAUUCACAAAACCUUUCCAGUAACAACCCCCCUGUUUCUCAACCUGAAGCCAAUCCUUCUGGAAACAAACCUAAUUCUUUGACUGAAGAUGAAAUAAGUCUGCAUGAUAAUAAAACACUGAACAGCUCUAGCCAUGUGUCUGAACCUUUACCAGCAAGCAGUUCAGACAAUCCCUCCACAUCAGGGGGCACAGAGCUGACGUCGGGGGGUACAUACUCACUGUCAGGGGAUACAGAGCCAACAUCGGGGGGUACAUACACACUGUCAGGGGGUACUGACUCACAGCUGUUUGAUCUACCAAGGGGAGAUAACUCCAUCAUGACAGCUCACUCUCCUACCUGUGCAAACCCAGCAAUGUCUUCGAGCAUGGACUCCCAUUCUGAUAAUUCUCAGACAUCAGUGAAAGAUGUAUAUAGUAGACAACCUAUACACCAUAUUGUUGAAAACACUGCCAGUUUAGGGAACUCAGUGCCACGAGAUAACUUGUCUGCAAGUUCACCAGACAGGUUGCCUUCAAAGACCAGCGAGGAGACAUGUGGACAUUCUACACAUAUAUCUGAAGCUUCCAGAGACACCUGAUAGUGAGGCAACAUGGAGCUUCAGUUGUCUUCAGGAGAAACCUGCAUCAAAAUUAAAAAACAAUGUAAAGGCGAUACCUUUUUUUAAGGAUUGGUUUACGGAGUCACCAACCCUCAAACAAUUAGCAUCGGAAAAAUCUGUCUAAAAGUAAUUUUUCUCUUUUUACCAAAUGCAAGCUUAUGUGGUCAUAUUGGUCACCUUAAAUUAGUUUGCAUGAAAGUUGAAUUGCAUGACAAACAAACUAGGGCCAUGAUUGCUUUAUGCAUGUCGUCCCUGGGUACAAGCUAAACAAACCCUGCAUGUGUGGCAGUAUUCAGAGACUCUCUUGAAGACUCCAGCCACCCCACCAAAAAACCCAACAAAAACCAACAAAGAAUAACCUGUCUUUUGUUGAUGUUUAUGACAAAGAUUUCCACGUGAACAUCGUAAACCAAGAUAUGAAAAAAGUCUGGCCUAAUAAGUAGUAUCUAAUAUAUUCUCUAAUGUGACCGUGUGGCAUUCACUUUUCUGUAUAUUAAAGGUAACUAUUUAUGGAGAGAAAUGUUUAUUAAAUGAGAUGUGUGUAAUACAUAAUGAAUACAGUUAUUGAAUAAGUAUAUUUGGAAUUUAUGGUAUUUUAUAAAGAAUAAAAUAGCAUUCUGGUUGGUCUCAUGGUCAUAUAAGUAAAAUGAUCUUGUCAUGGUUAUGGAGAUAGAUGUGAUACUGGGAGAUGUUUUGCAUGCAGAUUUUAUUUAAAAGAGUUUGAGCAAAUGUUUCAUAGAAAUGCUAUUUAUGUAUGUAUCAUUAUUAAUCCAAGUCUGUUCAUAAAUCAUUUCCAUAAGCUUGUGAUGUCUAAAUGUAGCAGUUAUUCUUAGAAAGACACUUUGAGUUGAGUAAGACAUAAGAUGGACUUUAACUACUGAGAUGAGUAUGGGUUUCAUGGCUGAAGCAGAGGAACAAGCUAGGGCAAGGGCAAGGGCAAGGGCAAGGCCAAGGCCAAGGCCAAGGCCAAGGCCAAGGCCAAGGGCAUGACACCAAAGAAUCAUCAUUUCUAGACAUUUAUGGUAAUUAGAAGAAACAAUUUCCUUGAUGUGUCCAGAAAUAUAUUGAUAUGUGGGAAGAACUAAGGACACUGCAGAAGUCGCGGCAGGUGAACUUUCCAAUCAUCCAGUAGGCAUUGAGGCUUCCAGAUUCUCAGUACUGAGUGAGCAAAGCAUUCAUACAGGAAUAUCUGAUUAAUUUAUCUCGAAUACAAAUAUGAUCAGGGAGUGCUGAAUGCAAAAAAAUCAAUCAGCGAUAUUAUUUUGUGGAUAUUUUAUAUGUCCUGUUUCUGAGCGCCAUGUUCUACAUCCGAACAGGUGUAUUAUCAAGGGUAUAUUUGUGUUCAGGGGCAAGUUUCCUUUGCUGAGAUCACAAUUUCCUUAUUGCGGUGACAUGUCAUUUAUUUAUAUACAUGUCACAUUUUAUUAGCUCAAGAACCCAUGCAUUGAUCAUUAGGAUUGGGAGGUGAAAGUUUGAUUUCACCUGACAUUGGAGUAAAUGAUCUGAUAUUAAUGAGAUUUUUUUUUUAGUAAUAUUUGUAGUAAAAACAUAUUUUGGGACACAGGUGGUGGCCGAGCUGUCUGAAAUCAACCUCAUAGAGCCACAUGUUGCUGUACGGGUCAGUAUCUCAGUGACCAGGUUCCAUAUCGUGCUUGAGUAAAACUUGCAAAGACUUACAACUUGCCCCAGUCUGGUUCCUGUUUAAUUGUUCUGUGAAACAGCCCAAUGUGAAGCAGUCUUUACGUCACUCUUCAUACAGGAGUGGUGGCAGUUGUAGCGUGAAAUAACUCUGGAGCAUAGGUUAUACUAGGGCCACACUUUAUCAUUUUAUCUUUCACAGACACAAGGUCGGUUGAAAUAAAAAUAAAUAUAAAUGUCAAUCAUUUUUUUAUUUUUUUUAAAGUCAUUCUGCUGUGGAGUUCAAACUGCAGCUGGAUUCUUGAAUCACUGAUAGUGAUGUAGACAUGGAGGUCAUAAAUAACAUUUUGUAUUGUAUAAGAUGGUCUAUAUUACUAACAAGGGACAUAAUAAAAAUAAAUAUUUUUAUGUUUCAGAAAUAAAUUAGACUGGCUGCUUUUCAGUUGUGGCAGGCCCGGGAAACGAAAAAUAUAAAAUGUAUAGCCUAAGAGUAUUGUAGAACUUUGUGAAACAUUACAUUAGCUCUGGUAAUCUGAGGACAGAAUUAUUUAUUUCAUAAAAUUUCACAGGGAACUGUUUGGACAAUCAUUAAUGUCAUCCAUUAUCUUAAUUAUUGAAUUGAAUUAUUUGACAUGUGAACUAUGAUAAUAAUAUUUUGUAAACAGCUGAAGAAAUGUCUAACACUUGACUUGCUCAAUUCAAUUCCUGUAUGUGUUGCAAUUACUGAAUCAAAUACUUCACCCAUUAACCUUGGAAUGCUUGGCCCACUGUGUUUCAUUGUAAAUACCUCAUAGGAAGCACCUGCUUUUCUGUUUAGAAAUGUAUGCAUAUUAGACUUUAUAUAUUCAUUUGGGAAUAUUGCCACAGCAUGCAGCUUUCAUGAAUUAUGAAAAGGUUAAAUGAUAAAUGUCUUGAGUUUCUGGCUAUAUCAGUAAUUAAUAUUGGAAGUAUUCCGUUUGGUUAUGUAGAGUAGCUUCAUGAUUGAUAUUUGUAAUUCCAAAUUUAUUUGAAUGAACUUCAGCUUGUUAAUAACCUGCUUGCAUAAAGAGUUGUUAUUGCCAAAGUGUCUUUCAUUGUAUUGCCAUCAGUUCCACCAUUUGUUUCAUGUGUAGCGAUUGUUUCAUAUACUGCAACAUGUAUCUGGAUGUAAAUUUCAUUGAUCAGGUUUGAUUGACAUAUUGACAGAAACAGGAUUUGUACCACUUUGUGAAUGUUGAUCAUCUGUGAUUUGUGUGUGUAUUAUCUUUUGAAUCAUAAUGUUCCAUGAUGGCGUGCAGCCUUGUGUCUUCUGUAUAUACUGAUUGCUAGCUGCCAGUCCACAGUGGAAUAUAGUUGUGUUGAAUUCAGUGCUCUGUAGUCAUGUCUAGUCAAAGAGUCCAUUCCAGCCCAGGAAUGUCCUGAUGGUCAAGGUAGUCCCCACUGGUCAAGGUAGUCCCUACUGGUCAGGGAAGUCCCUACUGGCCAGGGUCGUCUCUACUGGUCAAGGUAGUCCCCACUGGUCAAGGUAGUCCCUACUGGUCAGGGUAGUCCCCACUGGUCAGGGUAGUCCCUACUGGUCAGGGAAGUCCCUACUGGCCAGGGUCGUCUCUACUGGUCAAGGUAGUCCCCACUGGUCAGGGUAGUCCCCACUGGUCAGGGAAGUCCCUACUGGCCAGGGUCGUCUCUACUGGUCAAGGUAGUCCCCACUGGUCAGGGUAGUCCCCACUGGUCAGGGUAGUCCCCACUGGUCAAGGUAGUCCCCACUGGUCAGGGUAGUCCCCACUGGUCAGGGUAGUCCCCACUGGUCAGGGUAGUCCCUACUGGUCAGGGAAGUCCCUACUGGCCAGGGUCGUCUCUACUGGUCAAGGAAGUCCCUACUGGCCAGGGUCGUCUCUACUGGUCAAGGAUGUCCCCACUGGUCAAGGAAGUCCCUACUGGCCAGGGUAGUCCCCACUGGUCAAGGCAGACCUUACUGGUCAAGGAAUUCCGUCCUACCUGUAAUGAAAUGUAAUACCAGUGAAGAAAUUCCAUAUUUCGUUACUGGUCAAGGAGGUGUUUCCAAAUCUCUCCCUCCUCACCUCAACAUCAUAUUUAACUGAAAACUGUUUAUUCACUUUCUAGACUUUCAGGUGCCUGGCUUAGCAUGGUAUGGGUAUCUGGUAGCUUUAUUGACCUUUCCAAUAAUUUCUGCAAACCAAGUUGUCUGGAACAUAUGACAUUCUGAACCAGGCAGGCCAUACUGAACAGCCAUUUAAUCCCAACAAUGAUGAGCAUCGGGUAUUGUUAACCUCCUCUGCCCUGAUUCUGGUAACUGACAGUAUUAUUGAUACACUCUGAUCUCAUGACAUUCAACAUUACAAUAUGUGUCUCAUGAUGCCAGUCUGAUGUACACAUAGCCUGUACUGUUUCCACUGUGGACUGGCCGAGUCUUGAGUGCAAGGUCAGGUUGAGGUGUACAAGGUCAGUGAUUGUGUCAUGCAUGUUUAGUUUGUGUUGAUGGGUGCUUGCCGAGUUGUUCAUUACGAUGUACAUAUGUCAUUUCAUUGCUACUGAUACUAAGCAUAUGUGUCAAGGAGUUUUCUUAUUUGUAUUCACUGAUCAUUAACCAAUGUUAAUCUUUAAUUACUAUCAAAAAAUCUUUUUCUCUUGAUUUUAGGUCAGGAAAACUUUUUGUAUCUACACAAGGCAUAAUUAUUAUUUCAAAGAGAUAUAAGUUACUUGGCAACAGGCUACCAAAGAAUGUGAUCGGUGUCUUUUGAUGUGAACAGUCAUGUUCAAUUGAAAUACAUUAUACUGAUGAACGAAAUUAACAGAGCAGCUCUCGUGUGAUUGUGAAAUUGACAAGUCAUCCCCUCCGUGCACAUGUUGGGUUGCUCUGUGUGCUUGUUGUGUUUAGUUUAACAGGUCAUGACAAGCAUGGGAAUCUUUGCUGGGCUAUGCUAUACAUGUAAAUAACUGUCAGGGUGAUUUAAUGAAAUAAACAGUGUAUAUGAGACAGUCA